AUGAAGUUGCAGGCGGACACUGUGUCCUCGGAUCAUGAGGCACAGAUAGGACAUGUCGCUAUCGACCCGGUGAAGGAGAAGAAGCUCUUAAGAAAGAUGGACCUGUGCAUCUGCCCCUUGGUGAUGAUGAUCUUCUUGGUUGCGUAUCUGGAUCGGAGUAACAUAGGAAAUGCCGCGGUUGCUGGCAUGCCGGAAGAGAUCCAUCUUGUCGGAAACCAACUUGGAAACGGGGUCACCCUCUUCUACGCGACAUAUGUCUUCUUCGAGAUCCCAUUCUCCAUGGUUCUAAAGAAGCUGCGCCCCAACAGACUCAUCUCUGCAUUGAUCCUUGGAUUUAGCGUUUCGAUUCUAGCAGCGGGAUUCAUCAAGAAUGUCGCUGGUCUUUACGUGACCAGGUUGCUCUUGGGGGUAUUCGAGAGUGGCCUAUUCCCAUGCCUGACCAUCGUCCUGACGACCUUCUACAAACGCGAAGAACAAGCACAGCGAAUCUCCUACCUCUUUGUCUCCGCCGCACUCAGCGGCGGAUUUGGCGGGCUCCUACUUCCUCAACGAAGAAGACAAGGCCCUGAUGCGCCUCCGCAUGCAAUCCGCCGCGCGCUACGCCGACGCUGA